UGUCGCAGGUCAUGUUUGGGGGUCCUUCGUCGAUAGUGAAGCUGUGUUUCAAUCGUUUAUUGGUAAGAUGUUCUCGAUCGUGGAAAAGAUAUCCGACGAGGAUGGGAUUCGAACCCACGCGUGCAGAGCACAAUGGAUUAGCAGUCCAUCGCCUUAACCACUCGGCCACCUCGUCUGAUAUACGUUUCCUCAGUUCCUCCUCAUCAGCGUUGAACCUGGAAUUAAAGAUGGUGGAUUCCCAGUACUACCUCCCUAAUGACAUUGGCAUUUCUGCCCUUGACUGUGGUGAGGCCUUUCGUUUGCUUUCACCUCAGGAGAAGAUGUACGCCCACUACCUGUCCCGAGCUGCUUGGUAUGGUGGUCUGGCAGUGCUGCUGCAGACUUCCCCAGAGUCUGCGAACAUCUUUGUUUUGCUGCAGAAAAUCUUCAGGAAGCAGACGCCUGCACAGCUGGAACAGGUUGCCACAGCAGCUGGGCUCAGCUCUGAGGAGUAUCAGGCCUUCUUGGUGUAUGCAGCAGGUCUGUAUGCCAACAUGGGAAACUACAAGUCUUUUGGAGACACAAAGUUCAUCCCCAAUCUACCCAAGGACAAACUGGAUUCUCUGGUGAAGGCCAGCCAGGCGUUUCAAGAUCAGCCCAGUGAGAUGAAGGCCCUGUGGGACAGCUGCUCGUGUCUCCUCUACUCCCUGGAGGACAGACAGAAGCAACUGGGGCUGGGUGACAAGGGAAUUACCACCUACUUUUCAGGAAACUGCUGUCUGGAGGAUGCUGAGCUGGCUCAGAAGUUCCUUGACUCAAAGAAACUGUCCGCUUACAACACACGUCUGUUCAAGAGGGAAAAUGGAGGCAAAGCUUGCUAUGAGGUUCGCUUGGCUUCAGCUGUGCAGAAAGACUGUGCAGUCGAAGGGGAAUGCAACUCAUGCUGCGGUAGCUUCAACUUUGAAGACACAGAGUUUACUGUAAAAAGGGGAGACUAUGCUCCGCUCAUGGAAAAAGUCUGCUAUUACCUCGACAAAGCACAGUCGUAUGCAGCCAAUGAGAACCAGAGAAAGAUGCUUGAAGAAUAUAGCCGCAGCUUCACCCUUGGCUCAAUUGAAGCCCAUAAGGAGGGCUCACGCUACUGGAUCAAAGACAAGGGACCAAUCGUCGAGAGUUAUAUAGGUUUCAUUGAAAGCUACAGAGACCCAUUUGGUUCCAGAGGAGAGUUUGAAGGUUUUGUUGCGGUUGUAAACAAGGCAAUGAGUGAGCGUUUUGCCAAACUGGUGAGCUCAGCAGAAGUCUUGCUCCCUGAGCUGCCUUGGCCAAGAGACUAUGAGAAGGACACUUUCCUUAAACCCGACUUCACGUCACUGGAUGUUCUCACCUUCGCUGGCAGUGGAAUACCAGCUGGCAUCAACAUCCCCAACUAUGAUGACAUCAGACAGUCAGAGGGCUUUAAAAAUGUGUCGCUAGGCAACGUUCUCGCUGUGGCCUAUGCUACACAAAAAGAAAAACUCACCUUUCUGGAGGAGGAGGACAAGGAUUUGUUCAUCAAGUGGAAAGGACCAUCAUUCGAGGUGCAGGUGGGACUUCAUGAGCUGUUGGGCCAUGGAAGUGGCAAGCUGUUUGUCCAGGAUGAUAAGGGGAAGUUCAACUUUGACCAGACAAAGGUGACCAAUCCAGAGACUGGAGAACUGGUGUCCAGUUGGUAUCGUGGCAGCGAGACAUGGGACAGCAAAUUCUCCACAAUUGCUUCGUCUUAUGAAGAAUGUCGGGCUGAGUGUGUUGGACUUUAUUUGUGUCUCAACAAUCCAGUACUAAGUAUUUUUGGACAUGAUGGCCAGGAUGCAGAGGAUGUGGUGUACAUUAACUGGCUCAGCAUGGUGAGAGCUGGACUGUUGGGUCUGGAGUUCUACACAACGGAGAGCAAGAGCUGGAGACAGGCUCACAUGCAGGCUCGCUUUGUGAUCCUGCGUGUUCUGCUGGAGGCUGGGGAGGGCCUGGUAGGCCUGGAGGAAGUUACAGGAAAGGAUGGCAAGCCUGACGCUCGAAUCACAUUGGACCGCAGCAAGAUCCACACCGUGGGCAAACACGCCAUCCACAGGUUUCUCCAGAAACUGCAGGUUUUCAAGUCUACAGCAGAUGUGGAUGGAGGGAGAGCCAUGUACAACGGCUACUCUGCUGUCGGUGACGGCGGCGCUCACAACUUCUUGCGUCUCCGUGAGACAGUGCUGCUGAGGAAAGAGGCUCGUAAGAUGUUUGUCCAGGCCAACUCCAGAGUCAAUGGGGACAGCGUAGAGCUGGUUGAAUAUGAAGGCAGCGCAGCGGGGUUGAUUCGCUCUUUCACGGAACGUUUCGACGAAGAUGCAGAGAAACUGGAGGCCGACCUUGUGGAGAUGGGCAAAAGAGACGCCCCCUGCUGGUGUUGAUAGACGGAUGGAUGAUCUGCUCCAAUGGCACUUAAAAUAUCAACCAGAUUUUUUUUUUAUCAUAUAUGUGAAAGCAAACUGAUUCUAAAUGGAUAAAACACACAGAAGAACACUAUAUGAUCUCAUUAAUAUCAGACCAUUAAAUGAAUGGUUUGUACUUCCAAUAAAGCCAUAAGGUUAGAUCAGAUCUGCCCAAUGUAUUAGCCACGAUCCAAUGUCUGGUCUGUUUAUGUAAACAGGCUCAAAUCAGAACUUCUCUCUUCAACUCUUGGAUAAAUUUGAACUAUGUUCUGACUUCUAUUUAAACCAAUGCUGCCUGACAAGACAAAUGUGUUUGAAGUGACUCACACUUUCUGACUAUAGCUAAGUUUAAAAUUCUCUUCAGAAAAAAAUGGAUCCAUCUUUACUGUUACAAAAUGUUGUUUUACGGUUCAUGAUGAUCGGAUAGGUUGAAAGUAGACCAGGUACCAUUACAGCAUUAUGCCAACUGUUAGGCAGAAUAUUUUUCCUGCUUUGUUUGAUAUGAAGAAAACAUUAAUAAGUUGACUGUAUACAAUGAUGCUGUCCAAAAGCCAUGAGUUAAAUCCACACAAAUAAAAUCGGUUUGAUGUCAA